UUCUCUCCCACUGCUCCUCACCAGCGCCUCCGGCUUGCGCCCACGACGGCGACACGGGAGCGAGCGGAGGCAGAAGGCCACCCGAUCGAGAUGCCUUGGCCAUAGGGCGACGUGUCCUGAACGAACCUAACGAUUCCUACUUACCCGCACCGCCCAACGCCUGCCGUAGCCCGGACUCCGCCCUACCCCUAAGAGCCGUCAUCUUUGGCCGGGGAGGCGCAGGGACCCUCCUGGACGCUCUCGCGCUCCGUAGGCGGAGGCUUCUGCCCCUAACAAAGAUGGCUGCCUACUCUGCCCUACCCCUCCCCUCGGCAGACAUCAAAUACUAGAUUAUCUUUCACUUUCGGGUCACUGCGGACGGGAGAUGGCGCCGAUUCCCAAGGUAGUGAGGCGGAUCAAUCUAGACUGUCCUCUGAGGCCUGGCUGCCCGCCGGGAGUGGCUGCUAUCCCCAAACUCUGCAAAGAAUUCGGUCCUGAGGACUACGGCGAAGAGGACAUAGUGGAUUUUCUUCGACGGCUUGUGGAGAGUGAUCCCCAGGGCCUGCACCGGAUCCAUGUGGAUGGGAGCAGCGGGCGGCUGCAGCUGUGGCACCAUGAUUACCUCCUGGACCAUUUCUGUGAUGAGGGGAAAGCUGCUAGACAGAGUGACAGGGACAAGGAGGGGGCCAAGGGACUGGGUACCUACUGCAGUCUCCAAAAGUCCUUCCUGUACCCUCCCCAAGGGUCUAAGUCCUGCCCUCAAAGACCCCCUGCCUCGGCAUCCUUUCCCAGUGGCUCAGACAGCCUGCUUCAGGUGGCCAUGCCCCAGAAGCUCCUGGUGACUGAAGAGGAAGCCAACCGCCUGGCUGAGGAACUGGUGGCUGAGGAGGAGCGCAUGAAACAGAAAGCAGAGAAGAAGCGACUCAAGAAGAAGCGCCAAAAGGACCGAAAGCGGCAAGAGCGCUUGGAGCAGGACGGUGGGGAGCCCAAGGCCGAGGCCACCCCAGAUGGGGAUGGGAGCCCCCCAUCCAGCCCUGGGAACCCAGCUCAGGGACAGUGUGGUGAGGAAGAGGACCUACUGGAUCUAUCCAGUACUUUCGUGUCUCUGGCUUUGCGCAAGGUUGGGGAUUGGCCCCACGGUGCCCUCAGAGAGAAGGAACUGAGCCAGGAGCCCCAAGGCAAGAGCCUGGGCCCCCAGGAGAAGAUGGGCCAGGAGGAAGGGAGCUCUCCAAGAAAAGAGAGCCCCAGGCAGAGUCCUAAGGCAGAGGCACCUCCGGAACUGCUGACAGCUGCCUUACAGCAGAGCCAGGAGCUAGCAAAGCUGGGUACCGAUUUUGCCCGAAAUGGUUUCUACCACGAGGCUGUAGUCCUCUUCACCCAAGCUUUGAAGCUCAACCCCCAGGACCACCGGUUAUUUGGAAAUCGCUCUUUUUGCCAUGAGCGGAUGGGUCAGCCGGUGCGGGCCCUGGCCGAUGCUCAGGUGGCCCUUACCCUGCAGCCUGGCUGGCCCCGGGGACUCUUCCGCCUGGGCAAGGCCCUGAUGGGACUGCAGCGCUUCGAGGAGGCAGCAGCUGUGUUCCAGGAGACUCUGAGAGGCGGAUCCCAGCCUGACGCAGCCCGGGAGCUCCACUCUUGUCUUGUGCAACUCACUCUGCAGGAUCAGCAAGGAAGACUCCGUGCACCACCUCUGCCAGCUGGGUUCCCCCAGCCAUUUCCUCACACUGAGCCUGGGGCCUCAGGCCUCCCCUCCUUUAGUCGCUUACAAAACACUGCUCGAGGGGCCCCUGGCCUUCUGUCUCCACCCUUGCAUUAUCCACCAUGUCACCUGAGCCCCUCCAACUGGCCCCUCCCUCAGACCCAGAGUAGAAGACCCCGUCCUCUCCAUCUCCAGAACCCUUCAAAAGACUGGGGCAUCCUGAGACUUGGGCCACAGCAUCUACCUCAGGCCAGAUGAGGGAGGACCUAUUCCUCAUAGGACAAGGCCAUGUGUACAUCUCACAAUGACGAGGAACACUGUGUGAUGGCCGUUCCCUGCAUAUUUUGAGACCUUGUACCCUAAACACAUCGUUAAGAGACACCCCUGGCAGUCAUUCCUCUUGCCACAGAGACCUUCUGAUUUGAGAGAAAGUGCCCCACAUCCACUGAAACAGCCUUUCUUUGGUUUUCGAGCAGAUGGCUUCUUCUGGGGAGAGUAAGGAAAAAUAAAAUCCACCAAGGCUCAAGAAGGGAACUGUACAAAAGUUCAGGUUUUCAGACUACAGCAGAUCCGGUAGGGGAUGUUGAAGUUUGCUCCGCCCUUGGCCCUGGGGGACUCAUUCACCAGCCAGAGCUGUGCUCAAGAAGGGAGGAAUGGUGAUGAAUAAGGCCAGGUCCCACCCUUCACCUUGAUGGAUGCUCAUCUCUUCCUGAUCCUGAUUCCUUGCCCUGUUUUCUCCAGUCCCAGAGUCCCAGCCCCUCAUGUCCUCUUUCCUGUCCACAUUUCUGCACAUUCUGACCUCUCCUUUGCCCAAUGGUCUGAUGCUCACCUCCUUCCGACUCCUUUGCCAAAGGUUUGCAUUUGGGAAUUCCCUUACCAGCUCCUGCCUGGAGCUGGCAGAGCCCAUCUCUACACUUCCCCACGGCUGGCUCUGUGGUGCCCAGGCUGCGCUACCUUAGCCAUGCUUUUUCUCUACUCCAGCACUGGGCAUUGUAACUAGCCUUUCCCAGUGUGCAUUUACUCAGUUUUCCCACCAAGGGUCACUGCUCCAGAGAAGACUAUAAUUCUCUACUUUCUGUGUAAGAAUCACGAGGUCCUUUUGGUUUCUCCUCUGAGAUCCUGGCAGCUGCCCUGGCCAGUCCUCCCUAGCCCUGCUUGGGAUUCUCAGCUUAUUUAAAUGUAGAUCUGUAGGGGAAUUUUUGGCCUCCCAGAAUCCCUUUCCAAGAAGAAC